GCUGCGUAGGCAGUAACGAGCUCGAUACGCGAUCGAUCCUUCAUAAAAAGCUUCGAUACCGAUCCUUCGAUCGGGAUCAGACUAUCGUCUUCGCCAACUUACUUUCGUGUAUCUGUCGCGUUCUCUGAAAAAAAAAGCAGCGGUAUCGCACACCCGGAUGCUUCGAAAUCAUCCUCUGGUGAUCCGGAGAUUCGCGACACGAUCGUGAGAGAGGUCACGAGGUGAUCGGUCUCUCGUCUUUUCGUCGGUGAACGUUCCCGCGUUUGUCAUCCGCUCGACAAUCGGUAUCGAUAUGCGCGUACAAAGCGCGAGGGGACGGUGGACCGUUCUCGCCGGUUUCGUUAUAGUUUGCGUGGCUAAUUUGCGAUUAGCUUUUUGCGAGAAGGAAUCGGGAAACGAGGGAAAAGUGCAUUCGGAAGAACCGCGACAGCACACGUGUUGCGCCCGACAUGAGAAGAUGAUCGAAGUUGGAUACGGGAUAUCCGGGGAAGUUAUUCAGAUCGACGCUGGACACUGCCGAAAGUUAUGCCCGCGACAUGUGUCCGACGAUCCUGGGGAUGCGAGUCGACCAGCGGUACAGAAAUGUUCAUCGGAUUUCCAUUGUCGCGCGAGAGUCGCCAAGCUAGAGCGAGUGUCUACGUUGCAGGGUGUUCGCAUAAUCGAGGCUAUAGAUGCCUGCGAUUGCUCGCCAGAAACGUCCUGCAGACGAGAAUCCUACAUCCAUUAUGUACAUUCCGGUACGCCGUACCAAGCAGUCGUGGACAUCGGGGUUUGCAUCGGUCAUUGCGCCAAAGAUCUGGGUUGCAAGCCGGUCCGGAAUAACACAAUCAGCGCCAAAGGGCCAAAUGGUGACGAGAUUUAUCAAGUAGUCGAGAAAUGCGGUUGCGCCGGUCAUUGUUACCGAAUGGACCACAUGGAAACUGUGCUGGAUUACAGCGAGGUGACGAUCAAAGAGGGCACAAACACGACCGACGUGAGGCCUGUAAUCCGACAAAUAAACGUCGGUCAAUGCGUCGGAACGUGUCCGGGAAAUGAGACGGAGACGUGUCUUCUACGGGAUAAAAAAGAGCCGUCUAGAUGUCUAGCCGGUCUGUAUUCAAAGCAGCACACUUGCACACCGGCCAGAUUUAAAGUGCACGAGUACAGAACCCGACGAGGAGCGAAGAGAGAAAUAAUUCAAAUUACUCAGUGUGCCUGCGUCUAGACUGAAAAUAUUAUUCCGUCGUGAAUAGUUUGAAUCGAAUCGAAGACGAGAAAAAAGCAAAAGAAAGCAAUACAGAUAGCGAGAGAGAGUGAGAGAGAGAGAGAGAGAGAGAGAAAGACAGCUUGUUAAACAAAUUUUGCACAUACAUUCAUGUUCCUAGGUGCAUUAUGUACCUACAAAUCCACGUG